GCGCCCAUAAUCUUUCGUGAGCGUUUCGCCGCCGGCAUCUCCGCACAUUCCCCCUCCACGGAGGCCAGGAGAAGCAGCCUCAGCCGUGUCGGAUCAGUUUUCCCAGUCCUUUCCCGUGCUUUCCUUUGCCAGCUGUUCACAGAAGCCGUCGUCUACAACGCGCACCGCUCCCCGUAGCUUUCUCUCCCCGAAAAAGCCAUUUUGUCCCCCAGACGGGCAGCCCUCCCUUCCGAGCCUGCGUUGCCCCUUUGCUUUGCGAUGGAUCUUUCGCGGGUUUGGCACCUGGCUGCCGUGUUUUGCUUGACCUACAUCCUGAUCAAAGUCAUCCAACUGCAUCGCGGAAGACAAAUGCUGCUGAAAGCUUUGAACAGUUUUCCCGGUCCUGCUCCCCACUGGCUUUACGGUAAUUUACGUGAGCUUUCACCUAUUUCCGCAAUUUACAGAAAGGUGGAGAGAUGGAGUUGUCUGUAUCCAUUUGCCUAUCCUUUAUGGUUUGGCAGGUUCACUGCAUGUUUGAUUAUCACACAUCCUGAUUAUGCAAAGCCAGUACUUGCUGGAAUGGAACCAAAGGAUAGUUAUGGUUAUCGGAAUAUAAUUCCAUGGAUUGGGAAAGGUUUACUGGUCCUGCAUGGACCAAAAUGGGCACAGCAUCGAAAGCUGCUAACUCCAGGUUUCCACUUCAGUGUGUUAAAGUCAUAUGUGCCCCUGAUUGUAGACUCUGUAAAAGUGAUGUUGAAUAAAUGGGAAGAGCUAAUCAUGCAGGAGAAAUCAGUGGAACUCUCUGAACAUGUGAGCUUGAUGACACUUGAUAGCAUCAUGAAAUGUGCCUUCAGUCAUAACAGCAACUGUCAAAUUUACAAAGAAAAUUCUUAUGUCCAAGCUGUCUUUGAGCUUUGCUUCUUGUUAUAUGCCAGGAUGUUCUACAUUGUAGGUCAGAGUGAUUUUCUAUAUUGGUUUAGUCCCCAUGGAUUUCGGUUUCGGAAAGCCUGCCAAGUUGCUCACCUUCAUACAGAGAAGAUAAUAAAGGAAAGAAAGAAAGCUUUGAAGGUUGAGGAUGAACUUCAAAAGAUCGAGAAGAAGAGGUACUUGGAUUUUCUUGACAUUCUUCUCUGUUCCAAAGAUGAAAAUGGCAUUGGAUUAUCAGAUGAAGAGGUACGUGCUGAAGUAGACACUUUCAUGUUUGAAGGUCAUGAUACCACAGCCAGUGGAAUCUCUUGGCUGCUGUAUUGCCUUGCACAGAAUCCAGAGCAUCAGCAGAGAUGUAGAGAGGAAAUAAAGACCAUUCUGGGGGAUCGUGACACCAUUGAGUGGGAUGAUCUUAACAAGAUGACUUACUGCACCUUAUGUAUUAAAGAGACUCUCCGCCUUUACCCUGCAGUACCUGGAGUGUCCCGAGAACUAAGCAAGCCUGUUACAUUUUUUGAUGGGAAAACUUUAUCUGAAGGCUCUUGGGCUGUGAUAAGCAUUCAUCUUAUCCACAAGAACCCCAGUAUAUGGGAUAAUCCAGAGGUGUUUGACCCAUUGAGAUUUUCUCCUGAGAACAUGUCCAAUAGACAUUCUCAUGCUUUCCUUCCUUUCUCUGCUGGGCCAAGGAACUGCAUUGGACAACAGUUUGCCAUGAAUGAGAUGAAAGUGGCCCUUGCUAUGACCUUGCUCCGGUUUGAAUUGUCACUUGAUUUGUCGAAGCCUCAGCCUGUUCCAAUCCCUCAGAUUGUCUUGCGUUCUCACACUGGAAUUCAUCUUUGCUUGAAGAAACUGGAGUUUUCUGCGGCCUAGACUGAGCUGCCAUUGUCUAGAUAAGCCACUAAUACAUUCUCCCAUCUGUUGAUUGUUUAUGUCUAGAGAUCCUCUGGUUUCUUUCUCAGCCUCUUUGCAAUCUCUCCCAUUCCAGUCCUGUACCUCGUAUAGGACAUUAUUCUGUCAUAACUCAAGCUGGGAGAGGGAGAGGGAGAUUGGAGUUGCAAGGAAGUUGGGUCCAGAAGCAGCAUCUUCCUUUCCUUUUACUGGUAACAAAUGCCAGCCUCCAAUUCCUCCAUGCAUGGAGCAGGGUGGGUGGUACUCCCAUCAUUUCAGGGUCACACCACUUCUGUUAUGCGGUUUCAAGCUGUUGUAAGCAGUUGUUAUUACAAUACUACCUCUAGCUCUUUAGGGAGCAAUAGCAGACAAGACACUGGGGAAGUGGAGGGAGG